CGGAAGCGCACGCGCUGGCCCCGCCCCUCCCCGCGCUCUGUUUCCGCCGCAGCAGGGGCCGGUCACGCUCACUCCAGAUUUCUUUCUGCAGCCAUCUUGGAUCCGCGUUCCCGUCACAAAAUGCCCGGCGAAGCGACAGAAACCGUCCCAGCCACAGAGCAAGAGUUGCCACAGCCCCAGGCUGAGACAGCUAUGCCCCCUGUGUCUUUUAGCACUGCUACGGCACAGCCUGGACCUGUUCCUCCCCUUCCCUCUCCUUCCCUCUCUUCUUUCUCUCCCAUUCCCCAGCCUCUUUGUCCUUUGACCACACCUGACCAACCUUCCUCAUUCUCUCUUCCCUCAGCUCCUGGUUUAACCACAGGAACCUCUUGGCCUCCUGUAGCACCCUUUUCCCAGACAUCCCCUUUGGCUACCCUGCCUUUAGGCAUUGGUUCUCCUCAAGCUUCAGCCACUUAUUCCUUGCCACCAUCUUCUCCCAUUGUCACACCAGCCUUUCUCCCAGAUCUAAUAGGACCUCCCAUCUCCCCAGCUGCCCUGGCUCUGGCUUCCCCUAUGAUUUCUCCAGCUCUGAAAGGUGCCCCUUCUUCAGCUCCUUUGUCUCUAGUGGCCCUUGCCCCUUCUUCUCCUCAAAAGAAUCUGGAUGCUUCACCCAGUCCAGUGAGCCCAACUACACCUGCUUCUCUGCUUACUCCUACUAAUCCCAGAAUUAAUCCAAUCCCAAAAGUGACUUCCAGCUCUGUCACAGUUACCUCUCGGGAAUCCACUGAACCAAAAGGCACUUACACCCCUUCAGAUAUAGGCAUUUCUUUGCCACCACAUCUUGGAACUCCUCUACACUCUGAGUCAAACACUGUUCUCCAAACAGCCCCUACUUUACCCAUUUCAGACCAGGCCUCUCCCAUGACUGCCCCUUCUCCAACAACUAAGACUCCAAAAGCUCCCUCUACUACUUUCACUCCAUUUGUGGGCCCUCCUCUUUCACAUGCAGAGCAGAUUGUUUCUCUCGGCUGUGGAGCUUCAGAUCAAAUAGACUCUGACAAUUUCUUAAAACCUAAAAGCCCUGCCCCAAUCACCAUUCCUCUAGGCACCUCUUCCCAGGGACUGUCAAACUCCUCUAAAACUCUAGGAUCUCCUGUCACUCUGUUUCCAAAAGAUCCUCUAGUUUCUCCUGCUGUGGCCAGUUCACCUAUAGGGAGCCCAUUUUCCUUACUGAUGCCACCUGUUCAGAAAGAUCCCUCUUCCAUAAGCAUAGCCCCUAACCUGUCUUCUGGCCCAACAUUUGGGGCCAUUUCUCCAGUAGUUCCUUCUGCUUAUCCCUUGUCUCCACCUGUUCUGUCUUUAGGACCCAAAGCUUCUCCCCUUGAGAGUCCAGCUCUAAAAGGAACUGCUCCAGUUUUAACAACCACACAAGUUGCUAUGCCAUCUCCCCCUACUAUAACUGCUACUAUACCCAUUUCGUUGGAGGGAGGCAAAUAUCCAUUAAGUAGCUCUUUUAUUCCUUCAGAUUCAGCUGAUCCCAAGGCUAAGAGGGAUCAUGCUGCUCUCCCCACAGCCUUACCUCUGUCCCCUAUAGUUCCCAAAGAUCCUUCUGUUGUCCAGAUUGCAGCCCCUUCUCUUAAGACUCUGAAAAAUUUUAAAGAUUCCCAAAUUGUCCCCAUGUCUCCUCUUGAAGUCUCUACUCCAGUGCAGAUAGAUUCUCUAGCCAAGAAAGUACCUGUUACAUUACCUUUGACCCAUGUGGCUCCCAAAAGUCCCUCAACUUAUUCUUUGAAAUCCUCACCAGAUUCUCCAUCUCAGGAAACCACCCUAGCAAAAAAAGAUCUCAUGGGAUCCCCUUUUCCUGCUGCAGUCCCCUCUCUGACAGUACUAAGUGCUCCAACUUCAAGCGCAGACAGUUCUACUCUAAAGGUCUCUAGCACUCCAAAAGUCUCUUUAGCCAAAGUUGAUCUUUCUGUUCCCUCUCCUUUAGCAUCUCCUCUUCAAGUCUCUGAUGGUCCUCCCGGCUCUUUUAACCUACUUCUCAAAGGUUCUUCCACCAUCCCAACUGUCCCUUCUCCUCAGGGGCUUCUUUCCUCUUCAGCUCAGAUGGACUCUCCAACAAAGAAAAAUCCUGCAACUCCAUUCACUCUUUCUUCUGCAGCUUCAAAAGGUCCUACAUCUCCUGAGUGUUCCCAUAUUCCCUCAGCUGUAGCUGUUUCUCCUUUGGGGGCCUCAGUUACUCCUCAGACUCCAGAGUUGCUCCCAGAUAAGAGCUCUGCUGCAGUUCCUUCUUCCUUAACUCUAGUUUCUGUUAUUCCCCAAAGUGCACCAGUUCCAUCUGUUUUACCAGCUACUACAAUUUCUGUUUCCCCGGGAGUAGCAACUUCUCCUUUAGUGGCCACUGCCACUCCUAAUAGAUCCCCAACUAAAAAAGACUCUAUUUCCCCCCUUGCCUCUGACCUGACUUCAGCUGUUCCAUCUCUAAAAGGGUCACCUAUAUCCUCACCUGUGACUUCACCCCACAAAGGGGGCCCUAUGCCAUCCACUAACCAGUUUCCCACUACCCCACCAACUACAAAGUCACUAUCCUCCCAAACUACACCAAUUGUGCCACCUCCAACUCCAGAAGGGGCUCCCAUUAUCCCAUUAGCCAUAAUGCCAUCAUCCCCCAAAAAGGCUCCCGCUACUUCACCACCUAUGCUUCCAGCCACUGCUCUACCCACUUCAGCUCCAUCAUGCCCCAAAGCAACCACUAUUACACCAACUAUAUCUCUAGCCUCUGAAGGUACCCCCCUGCUCUAUCCCACUGCUCUACCUUCUAAAGAGGCCCCAGUUCCACUAUCUCUGCCUUCUGAGGCUUCCAAAGAGAACCCCACUGCUCCACUUGUUAUUCCUUUUCCAUCCUCCAAAGAAAUUACUACCCCACUUGUAAAUACCUGUCCAUUGGAGGUUACUGUUUCUCCUCAGGCUCCUAAAGAGUCCCCAGCCAAGAAGGGUUCUGCUACUUCCUCUGUACCUCCUGAAGAUGCUUCCACUCCCCAAGAUGCUUCUCCAUCUCCCAAAGUUACUUCUGAUUCUUCACCUGUAGCCACCUCUCCAUUGGAGGCCACUGUCCCUCCUCAGGCUCCUAAAGAGUCCCCAACCAAGAAGGGUUCUGCUCCUUCUCCUGCAGCAGCUAAAGGUGCCCCCACUCCCCAAGUUCCUUCUCCAUCUUCCAAAGUUACUUUUGAUUCCUCAUCUGGAGCAACCUCUCCUUUGGAAACCACUGUCUCUCCCCAGGCUCCUAAAGGGUCCCCAACCAAGAAGGGUUCUGCUCCUCCUGCAGCAGGUAAAGGUGCCCCCACUCCCCAAGCUGCUUCUCCAUCUCCCAAAAUCACUUCUGAUUCCUCUCCUGUAGCCACUUCUCCAUUGGAGGCCACUGUUUCUCCUCAGACUCCUAAAGGGUCCCCAGCCAAGAAGGGUUCUGCUACUUCUCCUGUACUUCCUAAAGGUGCCCCCACUCCCCAAGCUGCUUCUCCAUCUCCCAAAGUCACUUCUGAUUCCUCUCCUGUAGCCACUUCUCCAUUGGAGGCCACUGUUUCUCCUCAGACUCCUAAAGGGUCCCCAGCCAAGAAGGGUUCUGCUACUUCUCCUGUACUUCCUAAAGGUGCCCCCACUCCCCAAGCUGCUUCUCCAUCUCCCAAAGUCACUUCUGAUUCCUCUCCUGUAGCCACUUCUCCAUUGGAGGCCACUGUCUCUCCUCAGACUCCUAAAGGGUCCCCAGCCAAGAAGGGUUCUGCUCCUUCUCCUGCAGCAGCUAAAGGUGCCCCCACUCCCCAAGCUGCUUCUCCAUCUCCCAAAGUUACUUCUGAUUCUUCAUCUGGAGCAACUUCUCCAUUGGAGGCCACUGUCUCUCCUCAGACUCCUAAAGGGUCCCCAGCCAAGAAGGAUUCUACUACUUCUCCUGUACCUCCUAAAGGUGCCCCCACUCCCCAAGCUGCUUCUCCAUCUCCCAAAGUUAUUUCUGAUUCCUCUCCUGUAGCCACUUCUCCUUUGGAGGCCACUGUCUCUCCUCAGACUCCUAAAGGGUCCCCAGCCAAGAAGGGUUCUACUACUUCCUCUGUACCUCCUGAAGAUGCUUCCACUCCCCAAGCUGCUUCUCCAUCUCCCAAAGUUACUUCUGAUUCCUCUCCUGUAGCCACUUCUCCUUUGGAGGCCACUCUCUCUCCUCAGACUCCUAAAGGGUCCCCAGCCAAGAAGGGUUCUGCUCCUUCUCCUGCAGCAGCUAAAGGUGCCCCCACUCCCCAAGCUGCUUCUCCAUCUUCCAAAGUUACUUCUGAUUCUUCAUCUGGAGCAACCUCUCCAUUGGAAGCCACUGUCUCUCCUCAGACUCCUAAAGGGUCCCCAGCCAAGAAGGGUUCUGCUCCUCCUCCUGCAGCCACUAAAGGUACCCCCACUCCCCAAGCUGCUUCUCCAUCUCCCAAAGUUACUUCUGAUUCUUCAUCUGGAGCAACCUCUCCAUUGGAAGCCACUGUCUCUCCUCAGGCUCCUAAAGGGUCCCCAGCCAAGAAGGGUUCUGCUCCUUCUCCUGCAGCAGCUAAAGGUGCCCCCACUCCCCAAGCUGCUUCUCCAUCUCCCAAAGUUACUUCUGAUUCUUCAUCUGGAGCAACCUCUCCAUUGGAAGCCACUGUCUCUCCUCAGGCUCCUAAAGGGUCCCCAGCCAAGAAGGGUUCUGCUACUUCUCCUGUACCUCCUAAAGGUGCCCCCAUUCCCCAAGCUGCUCCUCCAUCUCCCAAAGUUAGUUCUGAUUCCUCUUCUGUAGCCACUUCUCCAUUGGAGGCCACUGUCUCUCCUCAAGCUCCUAAAGGGUCAGCCAAGAAGGGUUCUGCUACUUCCCCUGCAGCAGCUAAAGGUGCCCCCACUCCCCAAGCUGCUUCUCCAUCUCCCAAAGUUAUUUCUGAUUCCUCAUCUGGAGCAACUUCUCCAUUGGAAGCCACUGUCUCUCCUCAGGCUCCUAAAGGGUCCCCAGCCAAGAAGGGUUCUGCUACUUCCCCUGCAGCAGCUAAAGGUGCCCCCACUUCCCAAGUUUCUACUUCUCUGUCCCCCAAAGGAGCAACUCUCUCUCCUCAAGCCUCUAAAAAAAGCCUACCUAAAAAGAAUUCUGCUGCUCUACCUGACUUAGCUCACAAAGGGGCUUCUACUUUGUCAGAUAGGAUUCCACUUCCCAAAGACGGCCUUGUUGCUCCAUCUCCCAAAUCAACUUCUUCCAUAGUAACCCCUAAAGAGACUACUAAUCACACUUCUGAAAUGGUUUCAUCUUUGGAAGCCAGUGUUUCUCCUCAAGCUUCUAAAGGUUCCCCAAUUAAGAAAGGUUCUGCUGCCCCUACAGCUCCCAAGAGUACACCAAAAGUCCCAUUAGCCAAGAAGGGUGAUGCAACUUCACCCCUUAGGACUCCUAUAUCUCCAGAAGCAUCCCCUGCUUCCUCAACUAAGGUUGGUAUUGCAGGAGCCCCUCUUGGCCCAAAAGAUGUUUCUCCCCAGGCUUCUAAAGGUCUCUCUGUGGCUGAAAAGAGGGAAGGUCCUGCUCCCUCUUCAAAGGAUCUCAUAGCACCUAUCCCUGCCCAGUCUUCUCCAUUAGUAGCUGCUGCAUCUGAAUCCAACCUUAAGGCUCAAUCAGCUUCUCUCUCUCCAGCUCCCAUCCCACCAGUUUCCUUGCUUCUUGUUCCCUCCCCAGCCCCUCCUCCUUUGCUCCCUAAACAGCAGCCUCUUCUGCCGUCCUCACCUGGGCUGGUGCCCGAAGCACCCUGUAAGCCCCAAGCCCCAGCUGAUGAGGACGAGCUGCCGCCUCUGAUCCCCCCGGAAUCACCCUCAGGGGGACUGCCUUUCCAGCCGGUCCUGGUGGACAUGCCCACCCCCAAACCUACUGGGGUCCCUGCCCCGAUCCCUCCUGUCAAGCAGCCCGUUUUGAAGAACAACAAGGGGUCUGGAACAGAAUCUGACAGUGAUGAAUCAGUACCAGAGCUUGAGGAACAGGAUUCUACACAGGCAACCACGCAACAGGCCCAGCUGGCAGCAGCCGCUGAGAUCGAUGAAGAACCAGUCAGUAAAGCAAAACAGAGUCGAAGUGAAAAGAAAGCACGAAAGGCUAUGUCCAAACUGGGACUUCGACAAGUGACAGGAGUUACUAGAGUCACCAUUCGGAAAUCUAAGAAUAUCCUCUUCGUAAUCACAAAGCCAGAUGUCUACAAGAGCCCAGCUUCAGAUACCUACAUAGUCUUUGGGGAAGCCAAGAUUGAGGAUCUCUCUCAGCAGGCACAGCUAGCUGCUGCUGAAAAAUUCAAAGUUCAGGGUGAAGCCGUUUCAAACAUACAGGAAAAUACACAAACUCCAACUGUACAAGAAGAAAGUGAAGAGGAAGAGGUUGAUGAAACAGGUGUGGAAGUUAAGGAUAUAGAAUUGGUCAUGUCCCAAGCAAAUGUAUCCAGAGCAAAGGCUGUCCGAGCCCUAAAGAACAACAGUAAUGAUAUUGUAAAUGCUAUUAUGGAAUUAACGAUGUAACAAUCUGGAGACAAAGACAUUUUUUUCAGUGUUUCAGAGAAGAUUAAAUGCAACCUGAUUUGAAAUUUGUACUGUUUCUAUCAAUAAAGUUGUGGCUUCUUGUUGGAUGAA